AUGCCUCCUGUUACAAAGGACGAACAGAUCGUCUUGCUUUUCUCCUGCAUCAAGAACAGCAAAGGCGCAGGCCAGAUUGACUGGAGCGGCGUCGCCUCAGAUACCGGCCUCACUACCAACGCCGCAAGCAAGCGCUACAACAAACUCGCCAACGACUAUGGGGUCCGUGGAAUACUGCGCAGCAGCACUGGCCGCGUUUCUGCUGCUCGUCCCAAGAAUCGCGCUGGAGAUGAAGAAGGAGAGCAAGGCCACACGCAAAAAGAUUCGUCGCGAGCAAAAGGAAAGGGACGCCAAACGCGCUCAGAGGCAGGAGGCUCGAAGAAGCGCAAGAUGAAGCACGAAACCUCUGAAGACGAAGAUGAAGAUGAGACCGAACCUGGCGCUGAGAAGGUCAUCGACUACGAUGCCUUGGACCGCGAAGAUGGCGAAGAUGAGCUGAUCAAGACCGAGCCCGAGACUGAAGACCGCGAUGAAGAGGCUAUUGCUUGA